UGGAGAGGAGGGGCUCGGGGGUUCCCGAGGAGGUUUUGAGGUGUCCCUGAGCAAUGUCCCGGAGGUGAGCCCAGAGCUGGCCCUGAGGUGGCCCUGAGAAGAAGUGGAAGGCAGAGGUGGUGCUGAGGCAGGAGAGCCCCGUGCUGGGGAAGAGGCUGAGCUGGGAGUGCCCAGCAGCGAGAAGGUGCUGUGUCCAUGCCCUGUGUGCCAGCAGGAUUUGUCCUUCCCAAAGCUUGGGUGGAUGGAGGAGGAGGAUUUGAGGAAGAGGAAAAGGCUGCGGGCCCCCCAGGCAGGCCCCGAGCUGAGGACGGAGAGCACGGAGGACAAAUCCCCCCGGCAGAGCCUGGUGGGAGAGGCCGUUUUGAAGGGCUCCCCAGCGCAGGAAGGCAGCGGGGAGGAAAAGGCCCGGAGAUGCCCCCGGAGGAGGGGCUGCAAAGCCAGCCCAGGGAGCUCUGAGGAGGAAAGACCCGUCCUGUGCCGGGAAGGCGGCCGGAGCUUGAGCCGGAGCUCUGAGCUGGUGGUCCCUGAGCAGCCUCCCAGCAGGGAGAAGCCCUUCAGGUGCUUGGAAUGUGGGAAGAGCUUCAAUGUCAGCUCCGCCCUCCGCAGGCACCAGCUCCUCCACACUGGGGAGAGGCCCUACAAGUGUUUGAAAUGUGGGAAGAGGUUUCAGACCAGCUCCAAUCUCCUCCAGGCAUGAGCAGACACACACAGGGGAGACGCCCUUCUGCUGCACGUACUGCGGGAAGGGCUUCAAAUGCAACUCCCACCUCAUCAGGCACCAGCUCAUCCACACUGGGGAACGGCCCUACAAGUGCUUGGAAUGUGGGAAGAGGUUUCAGACCAGCUCGAAGCUCCUCAGGCAUGAGCAGACACACACAGGGGAGAGGCCCUUCCGCUGCACCGACUGCGGGAAGGGCUUCAACCAGAACAGCAACCUCAUCACCCACCGGCGCAUCCACACCGGGGAGAGGCCCUACAAGUGUGGGGAGUGUGGGAAGAGCUUCAGCCAGAGCUCCCACUUGACCUCCCACCAACAGACCCACCGGUAAGGGAAGCCCUAGGAAUGCCCCGACUGCGGGAAGAACUUCAGCCGCUGCUCCCACCUCAGAUGACCCCCCUGAUGUUGAGGCAACCCCUGGAGUCCAGGGACUGUCAGUCCAUCCCUUUCUACCAGAAAGGGCCAGUCCCCUUUCCCAGGGGCAGGUUGUGCCAACAGAACCCUUCUUGGGGGGUGUGUGGAGAUUCCUGCCUUGACUGGGACCCCCCAAGGUCACUGCUGGAGGUUGAGAGCAGAGAUCUCCCCCUGAGCGUUGGUCUGGGGGAGUUCCAUUCCUCUCUAAUGAAUAAUUCUUGCUUUGGUGCCAGCUUGAGUAGAAUUGCUUCAACAAUUGCUUUAGUGUAGAGCACUGUCCUGUCUUAUGCUGUACUACUGGUAAUUUUAGUGUUUCUAUUGUGCAGUAAAUAAUUCUGAUGAA